ACGAACCAGACAUGAGAGCUGCCGAUUAUAUUAAUUAAGAAGUGGUCCGGACCGGACUAAACAACAAACAACAUGCGGUUGGAUUGAGACAUCAACACGCCAACACCAUACAACUCAACUCGUCGGUUGGAUUAGGACAUCAACACGACACCACACUCACCGUCGACAUAGAGUGCCCAAACAACACAGGCAGCGGCAACCCCACACGAGAGCACAAAACUGCUAAAGGUCAUCGUUAUCAAGCAAAGAUGCAGAGCAUCCAACAACUCCGACUUUCCAAAGCAGCCAACAGGCGAACCAAACAAAAAGCAGAUAGACAACCCGAAGCGAAAGGUCUCAACAAGUCAUCGUUGCCGGGCUCAGGCACAAAGCAGCUUCGACUUCCAAUCUUGACCCUCUGCCCUGCCUCCGGUUUUUGCCCGACCUUCGAAACAUUCUGGACCACGAAGAAGGGAGGUUCGCCUCGUGUUAUCGUUGCCGAGCCACAUCCACUGAUGUAGCAGCUCCGACUUCACGUUGCAAAACCCCCACCUCCACUCGCAUACCAGGCACCGAGAAGCGAAGCAACAGCCGAAGGCAAAGUCCUGGCCGAGACGAACUUCAGAAGCGACGCCUUCAGGAAGGGAGUGACGUCACUGUGACGCCACCGUCACCUGUCCGUGAUGGACCGAGCUUUCACCCAAGGAAGAUAGCACUGGGGUGUGACGCCCUUAACAGGGGAAGCGACGCCCAUGGGCGUCACCGUCGCCGAGACUUUCGCCCAAGAGCCCCCAGCACAACGUCUGGCCGAAACCUCGAGACACAGCAAGCUGCCUCCGCCGUCGCCGGUACCCCGACGUACCACACAAAUGAUGAAGAUUUUGGGCCUGCCGCCACCACCACCCUGCGCUAGCCCGAUCGACUAGCCGAUGCUGCCCCAGACGAGAGGAGGUCCCGCCACUGCAAUUCCGGCCGACUGCGCAGGCCUGCCGGCGCACCAACGCCGACCUCCACCCCGGCUCAUGCGCUAGCCCGGGACCAGCCUGCCGCCGCCUCCGACGGAUGGCAUGCGGAGGCCGCCAACCUCGCGCGCCAGAUCCAGCCUUCCGCGCGCCAACGCCGCUCCCCCUGGGGGCGCCAGAUCCAGCCCUCCGCGCAUCAGGUACGCGAGCACACAGUCCAGGCACACCUCCAACCCCCGAGCAGCAGCGAUUGCCGUCGCGGCACGCAGGCGCCGCCACCGGGCUAGCCUCGCGGGCGCGCACCCAGCCACAGGCCCGUUGCCUGAGUGGGCGGACGCCGCCACCGUGGGUUGGACGCACGACAAGGCAGCAAGCACCCGCCCGACGCCUUCACCCCUAGCCGUGCGAGCAACCCACCAGCUAGCUCCGGCGGCGGCAAGGCAAAGAGAUGGGGAGGGAGGGGAGUUGGCAGCCACCCGAGUCGCGAGGGGGCGAAGCCGGGGCCGACCACGCCGACGAGCAACUCACGGUGACCUUGGCGGCUGUGCCCGCCCAGAUCCACCAGAGGGAGACGGAGAUGCCCCGCCGCCGCCCUCCCCGCAAGCAGCCGAACCUUCCGGCGGCCAGCUCAGGCAGCGGCGCGGCAGGGAGAGGCCCACGAAGGGGCGGCGGCGGCUACUAGGGAUUAUGGGGAGCGUCCGAGUCGCCCGACGCGGGGCAACCAGGACGCGGGGAGAUGACACACGGAUUUGAUAUCCGUCGGAUAUCUGAUUUAUGAUCCGUGACCUAUGUUGCUUGAAACCGGCGUAACACAAUAACAUCGCAAGGAGCACGCGAAGACAACCGACGGCACCAACUACCAGUUCUCAUGAUGUGUUAUGGUAUAUGGCAAAUACAAACAAGCAGGCGACUGCCACCUGCCAGAACUAGAUAUACAUGUAUGUACUUAAUCCAGGGUCAUCAGACUGUGUACGACUGCUGGAUGGUGUCGAUGUCUAGGCCCUUGAGCUUCACAACCGACUCCACAUGCCCCUUCAGCGUGUGAAGCUCCCUCAGCCUGCAAAGGAACAUCAACGAGCCUAUGGUUAGCUUACAUCGACACUAUACACCUGAUUGAUUUAUGUUGACAAAGAACUGGAUGCUGUUUUUUUU